GCAAAUUGCAGUGUUUCUUAAACGUAAACCUAAUAUCGACCAGUGUCCAGUACUCUCUCACGAUAAUAGCUAGGUAUUGUAAUAGAUAUUACUUCUAAUCGUUUAGUGUGAAAUGACGAAUUUCAGAAGUUUAAAAUGUAUAUUUAUGCUGUUAAUUGUAUACAUUAUGCGUUUGGGAUGUUGUGCACCGCAAAAUAAUGGUAAAGUGAUGGGUGCAACUAGUAUUCCACCAGUUCAAAAAUCCGCAAGCAUAGAAACAUAUUCGGCCGCUGAAAUGUGCGAAAAGUAUUCAGAGUUGAUAUACGUUAUAAUAAAGAAUCCAAUAUUGCUGCCAGGCGAAGACGAUUUUAUCAAAUAUAAAGAUUGUUUCGAUGCCUUACCCUUAAUCGUUAACGGAACGUUGGCUAAUCCAAAAGAAUUUCCACACAUGGCGUUGUUAGGCUAUAGCGGAAACCCCAAAGACGACGUAUGGUCCUGCGGUGGAUCAUUGAUUAGCAAUAGGUGGAUUCUGUCUGCAGCGCACUGUGAAAAAAUUUCAUAUAAUGGAAACACAUAUUUAGUGCGAUGGGCACGCUUGGGAGAACUGAACUAUGCAUCAACUACCGAUGAUGCCAGACCAAAGGAUUACAAAAUCGAUCGACGCAUAGUUCACCCGAAUUACAAGCCACCGUCAUUGUACAAUGAUAUAGCAUUAUUCCAUUUGGAGGAGGAAGUGAUAUUUUCGUCGUACGUACGGCCCGUUUGUCUUAAUGCAGAUACAGACCCUUUCUUUCAAUCUACGGCUUUAAAGAAGGCGUUAGCAACUGGUUGGGGUCUAACCGAACAAGGUGGAAGUAUCGGUAGUUCAGACCUGUUAAAAGUGGUUUUGGAUUUUAUCCCGGAGAGUCAGUGCAAAUCCAAUUAUGCGUCGGCACCGAAAUCUCAAUUGGCCAACGGAAUACUCAAGGAAAGCCAGAUGUGCGCGGGCGAUGUAAAGGGUGAAAAAGACACUUGUGCUGGCGAUUCCGGCGGUCCGCUUCAAAUACCACACAGCAGAUACACAUGCAUGUACAAGCAAAUAGGGGUUACGUCGUUCGGCAAGAAGUGUGCUGAGAUGAAUUCACCAGGCGUGUACACUAGAGUGUCCAAGUAUUUGCCGUGGAUCGAACAAAUCGUUUGGCCCAAGUCUGGUUAAUGUGUACAUACCGAUAUAGAUGGACAUGGCUAUGCGAGUUUUAUUGAUAUCGCAAAUGAAAUAAUAUACUUAAUUACAGAUGUUGUUGUCCUUAAGUUUACAAUAUUCUGAUUCUUUUUAUUUUAUUCUCAUAUUGGGUCUACGCCCACGUGUUAAUAUAAUUAUAAUAUAUUUAUUUAAUAACCAUUCAAAUAAUAACAAAACAUUAUCUAUAAUA